AUGCAUGGCAGCACGCUAGUGCUAUACUAUUGUCUUGGACAAUUGAUAUUUGACGCAGAAUCAGAAAAGUCUGUUAGUGAGGACUCGGUGAGCACAUCUGUACAUACAAUCCCUGAGGUGGUCGAUGAAAAAGUUAUGGUUUCCGAGGUUAUUACUCGUGCAGCACUCGGCAAGGAUGAGGAAUAUAACUUGGCGGAAAAAUUCAUGGAUGAAGAUGUAGGUUUCAGAGCGGUUAACAAAUCUUCAAUCCCGAUUUCUGUCUCAGGAAAUCCAAAGGCAUUUAUGCCGAUAGCUGUCCAAAAGGUUUUGAUGCUUGUUUGCGUCGCAGAAACCCCUCUAUUUCUUCACUGCACUAACUCAUUGAGAUAUCACAAAGUUCCAGCAAUAUAUAGAGGCGAGAGUGAAGUAGCAACAUAUAGCGCUAGCACCAGAUCUGCUUCCACUACAGACACACCGAAGGCAUUUCCAUUUGAACAAAACAAUUCACCAAAGGUUUCCCAUGUUUCACUGUGA